AUGGCCUCAAAUAACGCAUUCUUCGGGAUAUUGGAUGUCUCUCUUGGUAUAAUUACCAUCCCAUGUCUACCAACGAUUGUGGCGGAGUGGGUAGCUCUCAUACCUCUAGCCAUUCAUCUCGCCAGCUACCAAGAUGACUAUAUCACGACUGGCAAUAUUUCUCUGCUGGGGAGACUCCCCGCCAGUUUAUUCCCAGCCUUGGGCACGUUCUCCAAUCUUGUGCGCUUCCUCGAGCAGGGGGCCGGAUAUCUGGAUUAUGCCAGCAUGAAGGGUGGAUUUAGUCAGAAGGCCUGGGACGUGAAUUGGGGCAGCGCCUUUCCCGUGGCCAAUGGCGCCGCCAGCGCAUCGAUUAUCUCGUUCCUGACGAAAAAGCGCAGACCAGCAACCGUGAAAAUAGACGCAUUGGCCAAUCCGACCCCUUCCUCUCCGGCGUCGUCCGUCCGAAGCACUCAGGAGGCCGAAAAGGCAAGCAACAUAAAAUACCGACCGCAGGUUUUGAAUAUCUACAAUUUUGACAGAGUAGAUGAAAAGAGACAGAAACGCCAACUGCUGAGAUAUAUGCUCAGCCAAAUCAGAGCACUUAGGAUAUUCCAGGCGCUGCAGGUCCUUGUUCUGAUCGGACUAUGCGUCUUUUUCAUCAUUUCCGGUGCAUUUGGCACUGCGGCUAUAGUUCUCAUUCGUGUGAUAUCUGAGAUAUUUAUCCACUCAAUAACAAUUCACCGACCGGUGGGAUACCUGAAAAACAACGAAACUCAUGAUGCCUGUAUGCUCGUAGCAGCGCACGAAAACGCCAUGGAGUGGCAUCUUUACGUUGGUGACCGGGGAAUCGUUGACACCCUGUUAAACAAACCGAUGAUCGUACCUCCGGAGGGGAGGAUGGCACGCAUGGCCGCCUUAUGGUUCCGAUGCGCACAUGGCGGCCAGCUUAUAGCCAUGACAUUUGUUGCGGCCCAGAAGGGAUGGGACGGUGUCUGCUUGAUCAUCCUGUUGGCCGCUCAUUACAUCUUCUGUUGGCUCUGUGGCCGCGACGCGCUAGUAAGUAACUGGAUGGAGCGGGAGGAGAUCGAAGUGAAGGUUGGUAGCUUCGAGUUGUCAGGUCGACAUGCGGUCAUGGGCGCAAUCCAAAUAUUGAGUGGAACAAAAAUUGACCAUUGGAUGGACAGCAUCAUAAUACCCCAUCCCAGACGUGAUUUCUGGCUCGAGUCGCUAAUGCUACCAGAAGACCAUUCUGCGCCAUGCCCCAAAGAACUAAACGAGUUUGAUGAGCAGAGAGUCAAACGAGAUGUUGUCAUGGCCAGAGAGGCAGUUCGGCUUAUCAAGCAACAUAUGCUGAGUUUAGCGGAAGUUGUUUAA